AUGGGUGAGGAAGAAAAUAAGAAUGAGGAACCCAACCGUAUUAUGGUGUUUCUCCGCAUUCGCCCUCCUAAAAAGGGGGAGAUUGAUCCUGCAAAUGGAACGCAUUUUUUGCUUGAUAUUCAAUCGGACAACAAAACCUGUCUAUUGGAGUCAAAAACAUACACUUAUGACUACAUCUUCAAUGGAGAUGUAGAUCAAGGCGAUAUUUAUACUAGGGUGGCAGAACCUGUCAUUGGUAAUGUUUUUAAAGGUUAUUGGGGGACUGUAAUGGUAUAUGGCCAAACCGGAACUGGAAAAUCGUUCACUAUGUGUAACUUUAGCCCAAAUAAUAUGGGCAUUAUUCCACGUGCUAUGAAAGCGAUUUUUGAUUCCGUGGAAAGUGAUUCCGAAAGAAGCUUUACCAUUGUUUUCUCCUUUAUCCAGAUUUACGUUGACAAAUUACAGGAUCUAUUUAAUCCAGAAGCCCCAGAAUUGAAAAUCAACCGAGAUAAAAAUGGAGUUUCAUUUCCUGGGAUUGUGGAGCAUGCAGUAAAGAACGAAGAAGACUUUCGUCGGCUUUAUGAUGAUGGUAAUCAAUAUCGAGUAAUUACUGCUACAAAGAUGAAUCCGGAAAGUUCUCGCGGACAUGCGGCUUUAUUUAUUCAGGUGAAAUCAGUUCCAAAAGACGAUCCAGGUGGUGAAGUUCGAAGUGGAAAACUGUUUCUUAUUGACCUUGCCGGGUACGAACGGUUUAGUAAAACUGGUGUUCAAGAAGGUCAAAUGGCAUUGGAGGCAAAAACCAUUAACGCAUCUCUUCUUUCUCUUGGAAACGUUGUUCAAGCUUUAUCGGAUCGUUCAGAACACAUUCCCUGGCGUAAUGCAAAAUUAACUCGUAUGCUUGAGGAUGCUAUCGGUGGGCGUGCAAAAUGCAGUAUUAUCCUUACUGCAGGUCCAAGUAGUGAACACAUGCACGAAACAUUGGGUACACUCUAUUUUGGAUCUCGUGCAAUGGCAGUGAAGACGAAUGCUAAACUUGCUGUAAAUAUUGAUUAUAAGAAACUGGCUGCAAAGUUACAGGAGUUGUUAACUGCUGCGGAAGGUCGUAUUAAUACACUCGAAGUGGAGGCGACCCGGCGACAAUUGGAACGUGAGGAAGCUGAGGCUGCAUUCCAGGCAGAAUGGGCUAGAAUUAAAAAGGUUCAGCAAGAUCAGUUGAAUGAGUUACUCGCUUCGGGUGCAACGAAGGAACAGAUUGAAGAGCUUAUUAGGUCUAAUGAAGAGGAAAAUCAAUUAAUGGAGGAACAACAGUAUCAACAACGACAGGCACUUGAAGAGCGUCAUGAGGAAGAAUUGAGGACGUCUUUGGAAAGAGAACAACAAUCGUUAUUGAAUGAGACUGCGGCAUCGGCUACAAAUAUGGGUAAAGAUAUAGCUGAACUUCAACGUCAGGUUUCCCAGGAACGACAAGAGAAGGAAAGGUUCAAAUUGAAAGCAAAAGAGGCUGAAGCGGAGGCACGACGUAUAUCGAUGGAGAUGAAUGAACUACGAGUACAGAUGGAAGGGAAUGAUAUUGGGGCACUAUCAGGUUCUCCUUCUAAUCCCGAAUUCAAGAAGGAGUUUGAACGACGUAUUGAGAGUGUGAAGUCCAUGUAUGAAGAGAAUAUGCAACUCCGCAUCUCUGAGAUUCAGGAGUUACAUAAUGAGGAAGUGACUCGUUACAAGGGGUUGUACGAAGAUUUGAAAAGAAAUAUGGAUAAGGAAAUAAGAUUUCAGAAAGAUGCUCUUGUUGCAUCUUAUGAAGAUGAAAUCGAUAAAAUCCGUCAAAGUUCUGCAGAUGUUCAAAAUAAACUAAAGAAGAACCAUCUUGUUGUGAAGCAGUCAUAUCAGACGCAGAAGGAGGCAUUGGAACAAGAAAAUAAGGAACUUACUGCUUAUUCUGAAGCGUUAUUGAAGCAAAUACGAUCUUUGGGGGUCCAACCAGCUAAC